AUGACCCAGGAUGACCCGAGUUUGCUACAGUCCAAAGGUCAAAAUUUAGUCACUGGAAGCUCAGUUGGUCAGAAGAUCAGCUGUAUCUCAGAUGACAUACCAAGUGCAUUUGUUGACGAAUUACCUUGCAAAGGAAGUGGAUAUAUAACAACACCAGACUUACCAACCACACCAGAUAUAACAAUACCAGACUUACCAACCACACCAGAUAUAACAACCCAGACUUACAACCACACCAGAUAUAAACAACCCCAGACUUACCAACCACAAACCAGACUUACCACAACCAGAUAUAACAAAACCAGACUUAACCACACCAGAUAUAACAACCCGACUUACCAACCACAACCAGAUAUAACACCAGACUUACCACCACACAACACCAGAUAUACCAACCACCAGACCCAGUCUACCAACCACCCAGAUAUACAGACAACCACACCAGAUAUAACAACACACCUUACAACCACACCAGAUAUAACAACCCCAGUCUUACCAACCACACCAGAUAUAACAACCCCAGUCUUACCAACCACACCAGAUAUAACAACAGCCAAAUAUAACAAACCCAGUCUUACCAACCACACCAGAUAUAACACACCAGAGUCUUACCACCACACCAGAUGUAACAAAACCAGUAACCACCAGUCAACCAACACCAGAUAUAACAAACCAGUCUUACCAACCACACCAAUAUUUACAACCCCAGUCUUACCAACCACACCAGAUAUAACAACCCCAAAUAUAACAACCCAGUCUUACAACCACACCAGAUAUACAACCCCAGUCUAUACCACCACACCAGAUAUAACAACACCAACUUACCAACCACCACCAGAUAUAACAAACCCCAUCCUUACCAACCACAACCCAGAUACAACAAACAACCACUCACCCAACAUAACAACAACCCCAGACUUACCAACCACACCAGAUAUAACAAACCCAGACUUACCAACCACACCAGAUAUAACAACCCCAGUCUUACCAACCACACCAGAUAUAACAACCCCAGACUUACCAACCACACCAGAUAUACAACCCCAGACUUACCAACCACACCAUAUAACACCAACCCAACCCCAGACUUACCACCACACAGAUAUAACAACCCCAGUCUUACCAACCACACAGAUAAACAACCCCAUACCAACCACACCAGAUAUACCAACCAACCCACCAGAUAUAACAACCCAGAUACCAACAACACCAACAACCAACACCAACAACCACACCAGAUAUAACAAACCCAACCAACCACACCAGAUUAUCCAGACCAAGAUAUAA